CAAAGUGUGGUCGUGCCUUUAGCAAAGGAAAUAGAAACACAAACCCAAAACCCCGCGAAUUUAAAAUGGGAUAGCCCAGCUAUGAAGAAAAAUGUUCUUUUUUUGAUCGAAUAUAUGGAUAAAUAUAAUUCGCUUAGUAUUGCGGAGUUAAGGGAAAGGAGGCAAAUUAAAUGGCUAAAGAAGUUGAAGACGCUGCAAAAAGUUGAAAAUGACUACAAGCAAUUCCCCCUUUUGCCGACAUAUAAGCCGAGACUGCUUGAUCCAGUCCCCCUGUGGUUAACAUUUUUUCGUCAGAAGCAAGCGUUUGAAUAUGUAGCCAGCCAUCAAGAGGAUGUUCAUGUGUUUGCAUUUGAGGUUGACAACCAUCAGUCUGAGCUCAAAGGUCAACGAAAGUUCUGUGUCACGUCUUAUUCACAACUUUGGCAUGUCAUAAAACACUCAGCGAAUCAUAAGAAGUUUGUCAGUUUCUAUGAGGUCAUUCCAGAAGGAGCUACCUGCAAAUUGUACUUUGACCUGGAAUUUGACAAGGAAGUGAACCCUGAGCAUGAUGGUAAACAGAUGGUGCAGACUCUUAUAAAGUUUGUUUGCAGUAAGCUGCAUUCAAUAUUCCAGGUCCAGGCAAACAUUAAGCAAGUAGUUGUUCUUGAUGCAAGUACCGAGAAGAAAUUCAGCCAUCACCUAAUCUUCAAUUUAACUGAUGUUGCAUUCAAAGAUAAUUUACAUCAAGGUAAUUUUGUUCACCACAUCUGCUGCAAAAUAAGAAAAGUUAUCCAACAACAAAGUGAAAAUGACGACACUGAGAACAAGGAUAAUGAUGAACCAACUACAAAGAAAUCAAAAGUAGAUGAUUUUGCAAAAAAUGAUCAACUUACUGAUCUGUUAGUUAAAGACAGCAAUGGCAAAGAAGCUCUUUUCAUUGAUGAAGGGGUAUAUACCAAGAACCGUAAUUUCCGCCUUUACAAAUGUUGUAAACUGUCAAAGAACAAUCCACUGGUUGAAGCAGAUGACAACGAAUACAAGCCCGCCCUCAAUAAACUCACUGGACUCAAACAUGAACAUCAGCUCUUCCUCGACUCAAUCAUCAGUAAUGUCAGUUAUUCACCUAAAAUGAGAAUUUUGACACAUCAAGGAUGUAACAGAGAUUUCAAGAAAUCAUUUGAUAGAGUCAUUGAUGCAGGAUUUGAUGCCGACAAUGUUGAAGACAUAAAAGAGGGAUACCAGAAAUCUCCUUUUCCUGAAUUAGACGGAUUCAUCAUGUCAAAGGUGAACCAAGGAGGCAUUCAGGGUGAAAUACGUCGCUGGACAUACUACGCUCGUGGUGGUAUCAUUGUGUACGACAUCGUUAAAAACCGCUGGUGCGAGAAUAUUGGUAGACAACACAAAAGUAACAACAUUAUGAUUAUAGCAGAUCUGAAGAAAACAGUGUUUUAUCAGAAGUGUCUUGACCCAGAAUGCCGUGCGAUCAACUACAAGUCACCUGAUCAAGAAAUCCCUCUAGAAGUCUUCCCUUCAUUUGAUGAUUUAGAUGAUGAUGAGCUAAUCAAAGCUGCUGAUAAAUACGAAGCCGCCCAGAGAACAAAGAAAGAGGGGGAUAAUGAUGGGGGAAUUGGAGAUUUUCUUGCAGAUGAUGAAAGUGAUGAGUUUGUUGAAGCUGUUGAUGUUCUAGAGAAAUCAAUUAGUGAAAUUUGUUGAUAGAAUUUCAAAUUGUAAAUGAGAAUGCUUAUGCUAAAUUUACACUAUAUAAAAAAACCCACUCAAAAAUGUAUUCUAUACUAUAGAAUUUUUAUGAUAUUAGGGGCCUAAAUGAUUUUAUUAUUGUACAAAAAGCAAUAACAAAUUUAUAACUGAGUUUUCAUAAUAAAUUUUGUACAAAUUUCAA